AUGACAUCACCACAACUCCCUGUCCUUCUCUCUCUCACACACCGUUCAUCCACCUAUCCACACAGCAUUCACAACUCAUCUACUGGCAUUACAAAAGACGAAAAAGGUGUCGCCCGCUGCAUUCUCGACUUUUCAGCCUUUUUGCUGCCAAUCCAUGCCUUUGUCUCAGCCCUUGGGAUACCUACAUUUGCACGACUCGCGUAUUAUAGCCCCUCCGAGGCGUACGCGGCUUAUAUUGGUACAAUAUCCACUGUCACUGGUGACUGGCGCACAUUGGUUACAAUGUCACUCAAGGCCGCCAUUACACUAGCCAUCUCGUUCUCUGCUAUUUUAGCAUCGUCGGCGACUGUUGACAAGAGAAUUGUCAAUGGAGAAGAUGCUGACUUGGGUGAAGUCAAAUUCAUCGUUAGCCUUUGCCAGAAGAACGGGAAGUGUUAUUGCGGAGGCAGUCUGCUAGACAGCACUACGGUUCUUACUGCCGCGCAUUGCGUUGCCCAAAGCAAGCCCAUCUCAAUCAAGGCUGGGGUAGUUCACCCGGAUUAUCGUCCAGGCCUUGACAAAUACGGCAUGGUGGUGCAAGGCCCUCUGCAUCACAAUGACAUUGCAAUUUUGAAAUUAGCGACUCCGAUUGACAAGAGCAGCGAUAUUGACUAUGCCACGUUGCCUCCAGCAGGCUCGGAUGCCGAAGUCAAUUCCACCGCAACAGCUGCAGGCUGGGGACGUACCAUACCGGAUAAUCCUACUGCCAAGGCAUUGAAACCGCCCACUCGGCUUCAGAAGGUUGUUCUUCCUAUUCGCGCACGCGAGGACUGCGCCCAGUACGAAAAUGUAGGUGAGAGAGACACUAUCAUAUGUGCCGGUGGAGGAGGCAAGAAUGUCUGCGGAGGGGAUAGCGGUGGUCCUCUUUUCGACGCGAAAACGCUACUCGGUGUUGUGUCAAUGACUACCAAGGAUAUGGACAACGGUGAGGAAAUGUGCAACCAGACUCCCGGGGUGUUUACCAGAGUCGGCAGUUACAUUGACUUUAUCAACCAACAUCUUGGUUCUAAGACUAAGCAGUAG